UUCAUGUUUCUAGUUGUGGGUUUAGGGGUGGGUUACCAACGAGCAGCAAAGUCACUAACAUCGAUUCAUACAGAGUCCUCCGUCUGUGCAAGUUUCAUUCAAGUUACUGUACUGGCCGGAAUCAUAAGAAAGCAUGACGGAAAGCUCCGUGAACAAGACGGAGAAUGGAGAAGUAUGUCACCGCGCAAAGAACAGUGUUAAACCGGGGAGAAACGGCUUCGUGAAAAACCAUCACCAGUACCAUCAGCAGCAGCUUAAGUACGGCUAUCCCGAGGAGAAGGUCCAACACACAACCAGUAAUGGCGUGUACACCUUUAAUGAGUCGUACGAGGAGACGCCCAUGCUGGUGGCCGUGCUCACCUACAUGGGCUACGGCAUCCUCACCAUCUUUGGCUACUUGAGGGACUUCAUGAGGGCCUGGAAGAUAGAGCGAUGCAACACCUCCAGGGAGAGGGAGCAGCAGAAGGACUUUGUCCCACUCUAUCAGGACUUUGAGAACUUCUACACCAGGAACUUGUACAUGAGAAUCCGGGACAGUUUGAACAGGCCAGUUUGCAGCGUCCCUGGGGCCAAGUUUCACUUGGUGGAACGGGUAUCGCAUGACUACAAUUGGACAUUUCACUACACGGGCAGAGUCAUGAAGGACGUGAUCAACCUGGGCUCCUAUAACUACCUGGGCUUCGCUGAGAACACGGGCGCCUGCCCCGCCGCCGCCGCCCAUGUGACCAUGACGUACGGCGUGGGAGUGGGCAGCACCAGGCAGGAGAUGGGUAACCUUGACAAACAUGAGGAAAUGGAAAAGCUGGUUGCCACGUUCCUGGGGGUGGAGUCUGCCAUGACCUUUGGCAUGGGGUUUGCCACCAACAGCAUGAACAUUCCUGCCCUCAUGGGCAAGGGCUGUUUGAUCCUGAGUGAUGAGCUAAACCACGCCUCUCUGGUGUUGGGUGCCAGGCUGUCUGGUUCCACUAUCCGCGUCUACAAACACAACAAUAUGCAGAGCCUAGAGAAGCUGCUAAGAGAUGCCAUAGUCCACGGUCAGCCCAGAACACACAGGCCCUGGAAGAAGAUCCUCAUCAUGGUGGAGGGUAUAUACAGUAUGGAAGGCAGUAUUGUGCGCCUGCCAGAGGUGAUAGCUCUGAAGAAACGCUACAGGGCCUACCUCUACCUAGAUGAGGCCCACAGCAUCGGGGCACUAGGACCGGGGGGCCGCGGUGUGGUGGAGUACUUCGGCCUGGACCCCCAGGACGUGGACAUUAUGAUGGGCACGUUCACCAAGAGUUUUGGGGCUGCAGGGGGCUACAUCGGAGGAAAGAGGGAGCUGAUAGAAUUCCUGCGUUUGCACUCGCACAGCGCCACCUACGCUGCAUCCAUGUCUCCUCCUGUCGCCGAGCAAAUCAUCACUUCUAUGAAGUGCAUUAUGGGAGACGAUGGCACCACAAUAGGUCGCGACCGGUUGCGUCAGUUGGCAUGCAACACCUCAUACUUCCGUCAACGACUGAGGAAGAUGGGCUUCAUCAUCUAUGGCAACAACGACUCCCCUGUCGUACCCAUGAUGCUUUACAUGCCAGCGAAGAUCGGGGCAUUUGGGCGGGAGAUGUUGAAGAGGAACAUUGGUGUGGUGGUAGUAGGGUUCCCAGCAACGCCCAUCAUCGAGUCCAGAGCGCGUUUCUGCAUCUCCGCCGCCCACACCAAAGACAUGCUCGACACGGCACUGAGCGUGAUCAGUGAGGUGGGAGAUCUUCUCCAGUUGAAGUACUCCAGAAAAAGGAAACAGUCCUUUGACAAGAGGACUCUCGAAGAGGAAGAUUGAACCACUAGUGAGCCGCCGGUCUUCCACCCUGGCUCCCCGAACCACAAUCAAAACCUGCACUUCUCCUCUUUCCCUGAGCUCUCUCUUGUGCUCAGCUCUUGUGUCCUCACAAAAACAAUUAACCCAUCACCAAACCAAGUUCUACCAGCUUUCUUUGAGCACAGCAAAGUAAUACAGCCAAUGCAGGCUAAACGUACAGUGAUCACCCUAUGCUCACUUUCUUACUCGCCUUAAAAGAAAGGAAAGGAUGAGUCUUAAUUUAUCGGGUCGCUUUUUCUCUCUUAAUUCCUUGUUUAUUUUGCUCUGAAAUGUUAGUAGUUUGGCAUAGACUGCACGUGUGUUUAUUGCAGUUGUGUGUCCAGAUAUGACAGGCCAACGGCCAAACAGACUGUUUGAUUUGAACAGAACGGAAGCGUCCUCAGGUUCUCCAAACCACACCAAACUGGCAUUGUUGCAUGCAGCAAAUAUCACAAAUAUUAUGGCACAACAAUAAUGUCGUCUAGCAAGCUCCACACUUUAGUAUUUUCUUAGAAAUUGCCUUCCUCCUCCAAAUUUCAAAUCAGUGAGAUGGCUAAGUGAAAGAGGUGGACAGGAAUACUUCUUUACCAACAUCCCAUAAUUUACAUAUGGAUUUGACUAGGUUUGACUAUCACCUUUACUCUGUCCCUCUACACCUCAGCCUUUAACAGGUUUGAAAACCAGUGUCUUACUUGAAUCUCUUCAAUAUAAUGUCCUUUCGCUUUACCAAACUGUUUAUUGUUUUGUUUGUUUUUACUUUUCAACAGAGAAAUGCACCAAUAGACACCUUUAUCAGAGUCGUAGAAAUGUUGGAAACAAAAGAGUUGCCUUUUUGAGGAGCGGAACUUUGUUCGUCAGGCCUUAGCAAAUCUCUUGGCUUUUGUAUUGCUGUAUAUCUUACAUGGCUUUAAACUGGUUGAUUAGCAUGACGAUGGUUAUGUAAAUCGUCUUUGCUUAUAUACAAGUCACCCAGCUAGGAAUGAUGCACUUGAAUAAUACCAUAACUAGAAAAGGAUACUCAAUGUGGAAUUCGAUUCAACUAAGUGUAGUAAAAGCAGUCUUAUAGUGCUUGACUUAACAUAAAUCUCUGUUCUUUGUGAUACUGAUGAUUGCAGUUGGCUGUCACUGGACAGGUUUCAAAAUAAUGUCCAAAUGUUUUGGGACACAUUGUGUAAAAUGUAUACUUUUUGUCAUUUUAAUUUUGUCUUUCAACCUCUCCAAAGAUAAUUCUGGUUGUAUGUGUUUGUGCGUGUGUAUGUAUGAUAUUCAUAGGCUUAAAAACACUUAUUUGUUCUUUGAACCAUUUCAUGUCUUUCCUCAACAAAGAAAAUAUCUUACGGCAGCUGCAGAAAAAUAGAAAUGCAUACUACUGACGAGUAUUUUUGAAUCGCUUGUGACUUGUUACCAAUGCAUGUACACAGUAUGACGUAGUCGAUGAAGCUGCUAAUCAAACAGAUGACAAGGUGCUGAACUAUGUUCAUGGUUACACUCCUGUUACGUGGCUCACAUGUGGCUUGUCUUCCAACUGCCGAUUGUUCCAUAAAGCAGGAAUGAUGGGUUAGCUUGCUAGCUACUCAGCUUAAUUUUUCAAAAUGAAGCUAACAAAAAUUAUUGUAUUGUUGAGUUUAAUAUAUUAGAGGCUUUCUUAAGGGGAACCAUGCUUUAGUUUUAGGGAAGAGAAAUCUAAAGUUUGUGUUUUCUUUUAGCACUGUGCUUUAUGGAACGCUUCCAAUCAGCUGUCUUAGAAAUAACUUAGGAUGGGUUCUGUUAUGUGUCAAAUUAUUUUCUUUAUCCGUUAUUACAAUUACAGACAUUAUGAUAUACAAGUGACCUGCAACAAUGGGGGUUGGGAAAAUUAAGCUAAAGAAAUAUUGAAUAUAUACAUAUUUAAGAAAUAAAAAAUAGACUUAGUUUUGUUACUGUACACAAAUGCGUCCCACGAUGACAAAUUAUUCAAGUCAUUUAGCUAGCUAUUUUCCUCAAAGGCAAACAUUCAAAUUAAUCUGCACUGGACUUGUGUGUAGAAAAGUCUUUGUAAAUGUAUAUGUUUCUUGUUUGCACACAGGGAAUAUCCAUGGUCAUACUUUAAUUAAAUGUCUUAUCAAAUGUUGAGGUGUUCAACACUGUCUUAAACUGAAUGUUACUGUUCUGUAGAACAGUUGUGAGUGACCAUUAAGUGACCAGCUUUAAGGAAGAAUUCAUGUAUGUGUUCUAACAUAACUUGGAUGUUCAACCAACCAGUGCAUAUGGAAGUCAUCCUCUUUUGGAUCAAAGAAAAUGCACUGAUGGCCAGAUGUUGGUGAAUCACCAAUUUUGUAAUUGUUUCACUCAUGUUAAAGACAUCAAAAUGUCAUUAAAACAAUGU